AUGAACCGCAGCAGCAGCAGCACAGACGAAAAGCCAAUGAGGACCGUGCUCUGGGGCUGUGAGCUAAAUCAGGAGAAGCGGACUUGCACCUUCAAACCCCAGGUGGAAGGGAAGCAGGACUGUAAGCUGUCGCUCAGGACGAUUUGCUUGGGGGAGAAAGCCAAAGAGGAGAUGAACCGCGUGGAGAUCCUGCCCCCCGCCACCCCUGAAGACAAGAAGUCGCAGCCGGUGACCAUUGCCUCGCUCCAGGCCUCUGUCCUCCCCAUGGUCACCAUGAUGGGAUUAGAACUUUCUCCUCCAGUCACUUUUCAGCUCCGGGCUGGCUCGGGACCCGUGUUCCUCAGUGGCCAGGAAUGUCAUGAAACGUCAGACCUGCCCUGGGAGGAGGAGGAGGAGGAGGAAGAGGCAGAGGAGGAAGAGGAGGAAGAUGACGACGACGAUGAUGAUGAAGUGUCUCUAGAGGAGGAGUCCCCCGUUAAACCAGUCAAAAGGCCGGCGCCCCAGAAGCAGAUGAGCGCUGCUAAGAAAAAAAAACUGGAAAAAGAAGAGGAGGCAAUGAGAUCCAGUCUUAAAGAGAAGAGCCCCGUGAGAAAGGGCUGCACAAGUGGCUUUGGGGCCCUCUUCACCCGCUGGCCAGUUCUGAAGCAAGCCGGGGGAGGUACCCUGCCCGUCACCCCCAAGUUUGAUCCCCUGGAGUGGCAAGGGGUGACAGAAAAGCAGUGCAAGCAGCUGCUGCAGGCCAAGCCCACCCCCUGCCCCCUGGAGGGAGACUCCUCCUUCUAA